UUUUCACACAACAACCCGGUCAAAAGGGUUGCUGUACGGCCAGCAACUAUCCCAAGCACGCAAGCAGGACGGCGAACACACGCCCUCUCGCAAGAGGAUGCCUAGCAGCCGCGACCGCUUCGACCUUCGGCGGGACCAUGGCUUCAGGAACCCUCCUUUUCCGCCACCAUUCUGUUUCCCCGGAGUUUCAGGAGCGUGGGGACAAGAGGCCGCUCAACCUUCUUGGGGCGGCAAGAGCAACGACUACCCGCAAGAGACUUUCAACACCUUCCGCCGUGCCCCGAGCCCCUUCGGGUCACACGGACCGGACGGCCGGUACCGGCAGCCUCGCGCACCCACCGCCACCGCUGCAGCUGCUGCUGCUGCUGCCGUAGAUAGGGAGGAGAACGGCGCCGACGUUCCGCUUCCUGAGCGUCGCGGCGCCGGUGAUAGCGGCACCAAUUACGCGGGGCUUGCUUCUCGAAGCGACGGGAGCGCCGAGGUUAGCGCUUCUUCUAGCCCCGGCGGCGACCGCGCAGGCGGCGACGAGGGCGGUGGCGUCAGCAACGUCGGCGGCGGCGGUGGCAGCGGCGGCGGCGCCAGCGGUAGUGCAGGCUCGGCUGAAGUCUCGGCCGUUGCGGGGGCGGCAACGGAGGCGGCAGCGUCGGCCGUGCCGGUGCCGGUGCCGGUGAAAGAUACCCCGGCCGCCGCUGCCGACCCAGCCGCCGCCGUCAAACCCAGCCACGAUAAAGACGAGCGGCGGCUCGGCGGCAAGGACGAGUCGGCCACCGAGGCGUGCUCGGAGCGAUCAGCGUCGAGUACGUCCUACUCGAUUGCCUGGACAGCCGCUGCCAGCCGCGUCGAGGGCGGGGACGAUCGCGGAGCGGGGCCGAGGGAUGUUGCGGCCGUUGAGAUGUCUCAGCGGCGGGGGUGCACAGAGGAAGGGGAUUGGGGGAACGGCAGGGACGACGUGGGUGACGAUGAGCUUGGGGAGGAAGGGGGAGAUCCGGACCAGGGGUGGGCCAUGUCGGCGGAGUGGGAAGAGUACCUGAGGAACUCUCCGGGCGUCUCCAGAUACCUCGAAGGGGUGCAGGCUAAGGCAUACACCUGGAAAGACGGCAGGGGAGGUUCAGGGAAGGGCAACGGCAACAAGAAAGGCAGGAAGAAACGCGGCACGGGCAGCAACACCAGCGAUAAGAGCAACAGCAGCGGCAUCGUUGCAGCUGACCUCGAUCCGACGACGACAACGGACAACAGAGGAUACACCAACACCAACACCAAGCAGCAGCAGCAGCAGCAGCAGCAGCAGCAGCGGGGCAAAGCUCCACCCCGUGGUGGGAAUAAUAAUGGCAAGAAAAAGAGCCCAAAGGAAAGGGGAAAGAGCAACAACAACGAUGUCAACAACGACAACGACGACGACGCUGCCUCAAGGGCGCUGGAUCUAGAGCUCGCCAAGAUCAAGGCUCACGCACUCUUGUACGCGCAGCAGCAGCAGCACCGGCCACUCGAGGACGCGAUGGCCGCCCCGCCCACCACUUGAUUCCAGUCGUCGUCGUCGUCGCCAUCUACCUUUGCAUCCCCCCCCCCCACAAAGCCUCGCCGGGGCCCUGACACAACAAUUUUUGUGCGCGUGUGUGUGCGCAACGCACGCGGCGCUUGUGUAUGUAGGUACCUGUUCGCCUUUCCUCAUAUGUCUCCCUUGCCGCGAAAGAGUUGGGGAGACUACAAGAGAAGAGAGAAGGGGGCGAGAGUGAAGGAUGGGAGGAUGAGAGGGGGUCUCAGGCUUUGCUUUUGUGGGCAAUCCGGAAACGAGAAGAACGCUACACAAACUCCUCCCUCCCGUGAUUUCAGCACCGCCGUAGGUUGACACCGCUAGGCUCUGUUUCUGCUGUACAGCUGCGGGCGCGACUUUUAUUGGCCGGGCGUCGUCAAAGCCGCAACUUUGUCCCAUGUUUCUGUGUGUAUGACUUGUAUCCUGCUUGCUGUCGUCCCCAUCGUUGUUCAUUGAUCAUUCACUCCCUUGAACCUUGGAAUGCCUCCUCGUCGUCGUCUUUGUUGCUUGUCAAUUCGUCUUUCUUGGGCAAUGCACGCUGCUUUUUUAUGUUUUGUGGUUGUCUGAGUUUAUUUGACGAUUCACCCCGUAGUGCCUUGGAGUACUUGUUUUUUUUGUCAUCUUCUCGCCUGUCGAUCGCACCUUGGAGUGCUGUGUGUUUUAUCAUGUUCGUCGUACUUGGGUUGAUCUCUUGUGCUGUUAGAAUUCAUGAGAUGCCCCACUUCCCGCGAGCAGGCGGAGGAAGUCGCUUUCAAGUGUCUAUAAAAUAGAAUAGUUUUGAACUUGUUCGUGGUGACAAGUUUUUUUUUAGGUGAAAGUUUUCGCAGGUGUGUGUGCGUUUGUUUUUCUUAAUUGUUGUGUGCGUGUGCCAAGAGAGAAGAGUCGGGGUGCAUGAGGCUGACGUGACGAGGAGUGAAGCGCGUUGGAGUUGGCGUCAGCCGUCAACGAAACGGGCUCAGUUGCGUGUGGUGCUCGUUGUGGAAGAUAGAUGCCUUCUGGCGAAGCAGCAGCUUGUUCUUCUGUAGCGAGAAAUAAUUCAUGUUCGUGCCCGUAGACCACCGUUCACUAUUAUUGAUGCGGAUAAGAGUUAGUCUAGGUAUGAUACAUGGUAUACAACAGGCCCCGCGGUCAAGUCAGGUUCAGAGUUGCAAGUAGGCGCAGGCGCGAGAGGAGGAGGAGAGACUCGCUUGCUGGAAAGAUCGGAUCUGUGGUGGGGGAGUGUGUAGACGUUUUCAGAACAGGAGCAAUGAAGAAAGCACCCUGCAUGUUGUCCAUAGUCGAGUUUCGCGAGUGGAUUAGGUUUAUGGAGGGGUCAAAAGGAGUCUUGGGAGUACUGUUAGUAUCAAUGCUGAAUAUUUGAGGAGGCAGGACAGCCCCAGGACUGCCCCCGUUUUUACGAACAAAAAAGAAAAAUCGGUCUACUUUAGAGCGCACCACGUUUGUUUGCCGUUUCGACAGGAAUAACAACGCACGCCGCAACCGGCCACACGA